AAACUACAAGAACCACAAUGCAUUGCGCCGUUGCCAUCCUUAUCAUGACAUCUUCAACAUAAGGAAAACCUUCCUCUGAAGGAGCCUUUUAUUAGUUAACCUUGGCGAGGAGGUGACUCGUUCUUAGCAGUUUGACAAGUAAAUAUUUACUGGUUUUGGCAAACGGAAAUCAUCCACCAGUAAAAGCUGUCAGAAGUCACCGAAAGCUCGCGUUGAGACCAAGAAGCUCGCUAAAAGAGAAGCUAGCUCCAGCUAACGCAGCUAACCGAGAAUACUAAAACUGUAUCGUUUGGGUGUUUUAUUGUUCAUCGAAGACAACAGCUGGUAGGGAUAGCUGCUGACGGAUAUGACACGGAGCAACUACGCAACGUAGCAGAUCUGCAGAGAUGUUGACGUGAACUUACGCGCUCCAAACAAUGAAUUCAUCCCUCCAACGGUGUACCGUGACUCUCCCCUGGAACGGGAGCGAUUUCUGAAAAAAAAAGGAAAGUGGUGGAAGAAACGCGCUUCGACUAUCGACAGGAGUCAUGAAUCUCCAUCAAGUCCUCACAGGGGCUGUCAACCCUGGGGACAACUGUUUCUCUGUCGGGAAUGUCAACGACGUGCCUUUCACGGCCUACGCUUCAGGCUGUGAUGUGGUGAUUUUGGGCAGUAACUUUGAACGGUUGCAGAUCAUCCCAGGGGCCAAGCAUGGUAACAUCCAGGUGGGUUGUGUCAGCUGCUCACCACAUGGUGGACAGAUUGCAGCUUCCUAUGGAAGCAUCGUCUGUGUGUUUGAGCCUGUUCAGCUCUCAGAUCUAAAGGAAACAUCCGUGUCGAAAUUGAAAUGCCAAUGGCAGAAGACUGGUCAGUUUGUUUUGGAGUCCAUGGUACAAAACCUGGCCUGGCACCCCACAGGUAAUACUCUGUUAACAGGCUCUACUAGCCUCCAGUUGUGGUCUAAUGAUGAUGGUGGAACAGAUGAAGCUGAAGAACGGGGAAGGCGGACCACACGAGACUCUGAUUCUACCUGGAAGAGCAUCUGGCAGUGCAGGACUGCCUCUUCAGUCACGUUUAUGAAAUUCUCUCCUGAUGGGGAAUUCUUUGCCACUGCUGGACAGGACGACUGCCUGAUAAAGGUCUGGUACAACACCAACAAGUGGAAGUCGUGCGCCGCCAGACUGUUUACACCUCCUGAUGCCAGCGGGGACGUCCAUGGAGAUCUGGCCUUCUCCUUUGUCUACUUGGCCCAUCCUCGCUCUGUCACCGGCUUCUCUUGGAGGAAGACUAGCAAGUACAUGCCCCGAGGCGCCGUCUGUAACGUUCUCCUCACCUGCUGUAAGGACAGCGUUUGUCGACUGUGGGCAGAGACGCUGUUGCCAGGUGACACCCUGAUCUCUGGUUACCGUGACAACCACGCGUCCGAUGAUGAAAACGUCAAAAGCGGCAGUUCCUCUUCGAAAAGCACCUGCGAUGGGAAGACGCAACAAGAACAGUUCUGCUUUCAAGAAUCCUGGCAUUUCUCCUACAAUCGGGACGUUCCCCAGCCCUCGGUGACCGGCUGCCUGCUUCACCAUCAGAACCAACACUAUAACCACCGGAGGAGCAGCAGCAGCAGCUCACCCCACGCUAACGCUCUCUGCCACUUCCAUAUAGCUGCCAGCAUCAACCCCGCCACAGACAUUCCUUUACUGCCCUCCAUCUCCUCUCUGAAUUCGGUGGAUGACGAUGAACCCGGGGGUCCGUUCACCGUUCACUGGCUCAACAACAAGGAGCUUCAAUACACUUUAGCCAUGGAGGUGUUUUUGGAGCAGCUCAGAGGCAGUUUAGAACAAAGGAAGGAAUUCUCCACCGAAGAACUUGAUUAUGAAGAAAACUCGGAUGAAGAUGAAAGCAGAGCAGCCGACCCCCAUGAGCUUGAUGACGUGGGGCUUCCUGUAGCAGCCGUGGAGCACCAGGUGGACAUUCUGCUGGAGGAGUGGAAUAAAGCGGCAGACAUGUUGUUCAGUAUACACCCUAUAGACGGCUCCCUGUUAGUCUGGCAUGUCGACUGGUUGGAUGAAUUCCAGCCAGGCAUGUUCAGACAAACUCAGGUGUCGUUUGUGUCCCGGAUCCCUGUGGCAUUCCCUACAGGUGAUGCCAUCUCCUUGAGCCACAGUGUGGUUAUGUACGCAUGCAACAAGAACGUGGAUUUGGCCAUCCAACAUGGCAGACAGAAGCCACCUGGGAGCUCACUGUCUCAAACCAAAGCCGCUCUAAUAAGCUAUGGCAGUCAAGGUAAGGCCACACCCAGCAGUAGCCUCCGGCUCAGCAUCUUCACCCCCAAUGUCCUGAUGAUCUCCAAACACGACGAUGGCUCUCUGAAUCAGUGGGCAGUCAGUUUUGCGGAGGACUCCGCUUUCUCCACCAUGCUCAGUGUUUCGCACAAGUCGCGCUACUGUGGUCACCGUUUCCACCUCAACGACUUGGCCUGUCACUCUUUGCUUCCUCUCCUCCUCACCACCUCGCACCACAAUGCCUUGAGGACGCCCGAGGUUGACGGCAUCCUGGCUCCUCCAGAGGCCCACUUCAAGUCUCUGCCUCAUGGCUCACGGCCUUCCAGAGUGUCCAUGGGUGGGGCUUCUCAAGAUCCAAACGCCAUCUACAGUGAGCUGAUUUUAUGGCGUGUAGACCCAGUCGGUCCUCUGUCCUUGUCGGGCGGGGUGUCCGAGCUCGCUAGGAUAAACUCUCUUCAUGCAUCGGCGUUUUCUAAUGUAGCCUGGCUGCCCACGCUCAUUCCCAGCAGCUGUCUAGGUGUGUACUGUAACUCCCCCAGCGCUUGCUUUGUGGCGAGUGACGGUCAGUCCCUCAGGCUCUAUCAGGCUGUCAUCGAGGCUAAGAAACUCCUGAGUGAGCUCUCCAAUCCUGAGGUUUCUAAAUAUGUUGGAGAGGUGUUCAACAUCGUCAGUCAGCAGUCCACAGCAAAACCAGGAUGCAUCAUAGAGCUGGACGCCAUUACUGACUUUCAGGGCAAAGAGACUCAGCUCCUGCAUGUUUUUGAAGAACAUCUGAUUCUUGGCGACGUGAGCAAAGAAGACACACAGGAAACUCCUGACUCUCCCUGUAACGAUUCCAGUAAACCAGCUUUUUCCAGACGUUUCUUUCUGGUGGUGGUGGAAUUGUCCCCAACCGGUCGCUCGCUCCUCCACAUGUGGCAUCUCCAUCUUGCUGCUUGCCCUGUAACCAUCGAGGAAACCGCAGCACAGAAGGACAUAGACCCGUUUUCUCCUCCCAUCAGCCCUCAGUUCAUCUUUGACGCACUCAAUUCUCCAGGAAUUCAGAAGAGUAAACCCUGCACUUCCAAUCUGCAGAGCACCUGUCGCCUCACCCUCACAACACACAGGCUGUGCAGCCAAGAGAUGGCUCUUCCUGCUGGCGUGGAAGCCAUCAGUGUCACUCCCUCAGCAGGUCACUUGAGUGCAUCAUGUUCUCUACCAGCUGGGCAUGUGCCUUACCUCCUUGCUACUUCCUGUUCUGAUGGAAAGGUGCGCUUCUGGAGGUGUCACGCUGCAUCAACAGAGCCCUCCCGUGUGGACAGUUUGGUGUAUCAGUGGGAGGAGUGGCCCCUUCUUUUGGAGGAUAGGUUUCCAAACAGCAGCUCAGUGAGUGUUCCCGGUCGCCCCAUCAAGGUGAGCUGCUGUCACACCGGACGAAUCGCUGUAGCCUACAGGGAGCUGUCGCACGCCCCUCUGAACUCAACACCUCAUCUGAGCUUUCAUAGACCACCAAUCCCUCCGAAUUUGGCAUCCUCACCAUAUGCAUCCAACAACAACACCCAGCGGAUCCCAACCCUGACUGUUCAGCCAAGCCCGAGUCUGACUCUGAAGUCUAACCCAGCACACACGAGAGAACCUCCAGUACACAUCAGCAUCUUCCAGUGUGAGUCUACUGGUGGCUCCCAGUGGAUUCUCGAGCAGACUGUAGUCUUGGACGCAACCGAUCCCACAAGCGACCGUGGAAUUAGCAGCAGCACGGCCGGAGGUGCCGGUAUCUGGAACAAUUUUCACUUUUCUGUACCUAAUGAUAACUGUCUAGGUUCUGCUGGUAAGAGCCUGGUUCACUUGGACUGGGUCUCGCAGGAGGAUGGAUCCCACAUACUGACCGUCGGUAUUGGAACAAAGAUUUACAUGUACGGCCGUGUGUCUGGGAAACCCCCAGAGUUGGGUCUUUCUUCUGAAACGAACAGAGACCAACGUUUGUCUCACCUGGUUUUGCUUCGGUCAGUGAAUCUCGUCUCUUCCGUUGAAGGCUCCCUGCCUCUCCCAGUUUCCCUCUCUUGGGUUCGAGAUGGAAUCCUGGUGGUGGGCAUGGAGUGUGAGAUGCAUGUCUACUCCCAGUGGCAGCCCCCAGUUCCUUCCAAACCAAAUGUUACUGUUGUCCAGGACAUGGACAUGAGCAGCAGCGUGUCCUCUAUAGUCUCCGCUGUCAGAGUGUACCAGAACGGUCACAACCCUGGACCUCCUCUGUCUUCACUCACUCUUCCUAAAAGGUCCCUAACAAGAUCCAUGAUGAGCCUGGCGCAGAAACUCAGCGGGAAGAAAACGGCGUACGACCUUCCUGUUGAAAUGGAAGAUUCGGGGCUUUUUGAAGCAGCUCACAACCUUUUUCCCACUCUGCCCCAGUAUCACCCCGUCCAACUGCUGGAGCUAAUGGAUCUAGGAAAGGUUCACCGUGCCAAGGCAAUCCUCUCCCACUUGGUAAAAUGCAUCGCUGGGGAAAUAGUGAUACUUAAAGAAAACGCCACCAAUCCAGAGAGACGGGUGCGGUCUCGAACUAUCAGCGUCGGAGGCAGCACAUCAAGAGACGAGAAGAUAUUCAGCAAAGCGGAGAGCUCCAGCCCCGACUACACAGAGAUCAGCUCCGUCCCUCCCCUGCCUUUAUACGCUCUUCUGGCAGCCGACGAGGACACGCCUCAAAUCGAAAAAGCAGCCAGUGUGAGCGGAGACAGUGGCCAUGGCUCCAGUCAGACGGAUGCCUAUGAUGAGCUCUUCCACACACCAAACACAGUGGAUCUGGAUCCUUUGGACAAUGAAAAGGAGGAAAAUGGAAACAAGGUCAUAGACUUGUCCCAGUACAGUCCCACAUACUUUGGUCCAGAACAUGCCCAGGUCUUAUCAAGCCACCUCCUCCACUCCAGUUUGCCCGGAUUGACUCGAAUGGAGCAGAUGUCUCUCAUGGCGCUGGCCGACACCAUCGCUACCACGAGCACAGAUCUCAAGAACAACCAGGACAAGAGUAAAGGUGGAGAGACGCUGGACGAGUGUGGACUGAGGUUCUUGCUAGCUGUCAAACUCCACAACUUCCUCUUAACGUCCCUGCCCCCUGUACACCGAGCUCAGCUGCGACGACAGGGUCUCUCCACAUGCCACUAUGCCUGGGCCUUCCACUCUGAAGCAGAGGAGGAGCUGCUGAACAUGCUGCCUGCUUUGCAGAAAGGGGAGCCCACCUGGACUGAGCUGCGCUCCAUGGGGCUGGGCUGGUGGCUGCGCAGCACCAACAAACUGCGCAGGUGCAUAGAGAAGGUUGCCAAGGCCUCGUUUCAGAGGAGCAAUGAUCCUCUAGAUGCUGCCAUAUUUUACCUUGCUCUGAAAAAGAAAGCAGUGGUCUGGGGAUUGUACAGGUCUCAGAAGAACGUUAAGAUGACAGAGUUCUUCCACAACAACUUCAGCGAGGACAGGUGGAGGAAAGCUGCACUGAAGAACGCCUUCUCUCUGUUGGGGAAGCAGCGAUUCCAGCACUCCGCGGCCUUUUUUCUUCUCGCCGGUUCCCUGAAGGAUGCUGUGGAGGUGUGUUUAGAGAAGUUGCAGGACCUACAGUUGGCUCUGGUGAUCUCAAGACUGUAUGAGUCAGAGUUUGAGGCGGCGUCCACUUACAAAAAGAUCCUCCAGCGAUACGUACUGGGACACGACAAACAGAUUCCAGCCAAUCCAGAUCCAUUCCUGCGAAGCAUAGCUUACUGGGUCCUGGAGGACUACAGCAGAGCGCUGGACACUCUAAUCGAGCAGCCUAACCAGAAAAGCUCAGUGUCCUCACAAAGUUCCUCUGUCAUGUCUGCAUGUAACCCCGAGGUUUUCAACUUCUUCAUCUAUCUCCGGACACACCCUCUUCUUCUCCGCCGACAUUUUAGCUCCUCAGACAAGUCAAAAGUGGCUUUGACUGCUGAAUGUCGUCGAGCCGACUCCAUUAGUCUGGACGAGAGGAGACUGUUUUUCACAGCUGCAUAUGCUCACCUGCAUGCCGGAUGCCCCAUGCUAGCACUUGAAGUCCUGUCCAAAAUGCCCAAAGUCCACAAGCAUUGCAAACUCUCCAGUCAGGAAGGCACGGGCAUCGCACCGGAACUCAGCAUCGGGAGCAGGAAUGGACAACCAUCAGAUCCUGACUGGUCGCCGCCGGGCCUGAAUGGCUACCACUCAGACGGGAACAGCAACAGCCAAUCAGACUCGGUACUGAGUUUUGACUGGAGCCAGCCAUCACUGACCCUUCCAGAUGAGUCGCUGGAGCUGAAGUGGGACAGUGACAAGGACGACGAGGAUCAAGAAGAAACAAAAACAACGGUUAAGUCUGCAGACAACAGCGUGUUUCAGGACAGGCAGGACUCCGCCUUGACGACAGCAGAAACGGUGAAAAGUGGUAACGGAGACAACGGGGACUUUAUCGCACCGUCUGAUGAUAUCUUUUUGGCUCAGCUGAAGUUCACAGCAUGCUUGAAGAUUAUGACCAAUGAGCUCCGGACACUGUCGACCGGGUAUGAGCUGGACGGAGGGAAGCUGCGUUAUCAGCUCUGCCAGUGGCUCGAAAGAGAGGUGAUGGCUCAUCAGCGCUGUUGCAGCUAUAAGCCGCGUUUGCCAGAACAAUCUGUCCAGAGCGAUGCCCCGGUUUCCGGCCUGGUGGAGGAGGAACAGCCUGGGAGCCCCCGCGGCGAUGUCCAGAGGAGCAGGAGACUCUGGCUGCAGAGUAACCAGCCAUUACUGAGGAUGUUUCUGAGCUACUGCAGCCUGCACGGCUCCCACGGUGGCGGACUGGCUUCUGUACGCAUGGAGCUCAUAUUGCUGCUACAAGAGUCCCACCAGGAUGACUUCAUCAGGUCUGCGGUGACAGCGAGCUCCCAGCCCACCUCCAUCCCACUCCUCAUGGCUUGUACCGUCAGCGUGAAGACGGUGGUGGCCAACCCCAUCAUCUACCUCACCAACUUGACCCACGACAUCUUACAGACCAUCGUUUCACUCGACUCGCCUCCACAUCCUGAUGUCGUUAACAACGAGAUUUAUGUGAUGCACACCUUGGCUGCUUCCUUGUCUGCCUGUAUAUAUCAGUGCCUUUGUGACGGACACAAAUACAGCCACGUGAACCAUUUCACCGGGACGGUGUAUCAGAGCGUUCCGCUGUCGCAGAAGCAGCCGCUCAAAAGCGUCAGCAUGGACGAGACGGUUCUGCCCAACACCUCUCCCGCUCAGUGGCCAGGUAUCGCCUCCCUCGUCCGCCUGUUGAGCUCGGCAGGCGAGGACACUCAGCCGGGUCUGGCCGUGCUGCUCUGUGAGAUCCUGACUGCCGUGUUCCUUAGUCUGUUUGUUCACGGCGUGGCCACUCACUCCAGCAACGAGCUGUUCCGCAUCGUGGCUCACCCGCUCAACAGCAAACUCUGGAUGACGGUGUUUGGAGGAGGCUCCCGGGUCCCUCUCAUGGAUAAACCCAGCAGCCCAGCAAGAACACCUCCAUUGACCUCACCGUCUGGCUCGGACAGGAGGUCCAGACGAUUCAGGCUUCUUUCAUCACGCAGCGGAUCCAAGGAGGAAUCUGGGAUUGAGCGGGAGGGGCCAUACAGUCCCAAACACGGUCCCGUGGUGGAACAGGAAGCCACCUCCAUCUUUAAAGAGCAUUUUGUUCCUCCAGAGCUCAGCAUUUGGGAUUAUUUUAUUGCUAAGCCUGUGCUGCCGCCAUCGGAAAACGGAAUCGAUUAUGACUCCGAGCAGAGCCAGGACAGCCAAGAUGACGACGACGACGAUGAUGAUGAAGAUGAUGAUGUGUUUGACCCAAGCUCUCCACAGAGAGAACAUUCAAACAACAACUCAUACAGCUGGUGUUUAAUGCGCCUAGCCUUGGUUCAGCUGGUGCUGGUCAACCUCAAGUCCUUCUACCCGAUGGCAGGAUAUGAUCUGUUAGAUUUGCCUGUGGCUUCUCCUCUGUGCCACUCUGUGCUGAAGACGCUGCAACGCUGGGAGCAGGUGUUGCAGAAGAGGCUGGAGAUCUUUGAGGGACCUCCAUCCAAGUACAUCUCCACUUACCUCCACGAAGAAGCCACCACGCCUGGACCAGCCCUGCUCAGACACAAAGCUCUGUUCGAACCAUCCAACACUCCAUUCAGAAAUAACCAUUUUUCAGCCCUGCCAGUGAAGCGUUUAUGGCAGCAUUUGGUCAAACAGGAAGAAGUGCAGGAGACGUUCAUCAGAAACAUCUUCACCAAGAAACCUGGAACAAGUCAGUCUGUUGAGGACCAGACCGACUGUAUGAAAUAUUCAGCAAUGGAAGAGACCGGAAGCAAUCAGACUGAGUCAGAUCUGGGCUGCCCUGGAGGCAAAGCGCGCAUCAUCCACAAGGAAUCUGACAUCAUCACAGCCUUUGCCAUCAACAAGGCGAACCGCAAUUGUUUAGCCAUGGCUUCCACCCAUGAUAUCCAGGAGCUGGAUGUGUCCUCCAUCUUGGCCACACAGGUUUUGGCGUGGAUCGAUGAUGAUGAGACGGAAACCAAAACUUUUGGUGGGGACGACUUCCUGGUGGUCCACGCACGCGACGACUUUGUUGCACUCCACGGCACCACGCCGUACACCCACAGCAGCCCCGGCACACCAAUCAGUGUGCCGUGGCUCGGAGCCCAGCAGACCGGCAGAGGCGCGGCCGUGAUGAUCAAGAGGAACAUCAACAACGUGCGGAGAAUGACCUCCCAUCCCACGCUGCCGUACUACCUGACUGGAGCUCAGGACGGCAGCGUGAGGAUGUUUGAGUGGGGUCAUUCCCAGCAGAUCACCUGUUUCAGAAGUCCAGGAAACUCCAGAGUCACCAGGAUACGAUUCAACCACCAAGGAAACAAGUUUGGUAUCGUCGAUGCUGAUGGAGGUUUGAGCCUCUGGCAGACCAACACAAGCGGGAACACGCCCAAGCCCUACCUGACUCUACAGUGCCACAACAAGACGGCGCAUGACUUUGUCUUUGUGGGCUCCUCCUCCCUUAUUGCUACUGCAGGUCUUUCAGCAGAUAACAGGAACGUGUGUCUGUGGGAUACUUUAGUCACUCCAGCUAACAGCCUCGUACACGCUUUCUGCUGCCAUGACUCCGGCGCCACCGUGCUCUCGGUGGCCCCGAGGCAGCAGCUUCUCAUCACUGGCGGGAGGAAAGGCUGGAUCACCAUCUUGGAGCUUUCCCACCGGGACCAGCGGCAGAGCUUCCAGGCCCACGACUCCCCAGUCAAAGCACUGGCGGUUGACCCGACAGAGGACUGCUUCAUCAGCGGAUCGGCCGAGGGCAACAUUAAGGUGUGGAGCAUCGCCACGCAGUGUCUCCUCUACACGUUCCCAAACGAGCACGCCCGCCAGUCCCUGUUCAGGAACCUCGGGACGGGCGUGAUGCAGAUCGAGGUGGGGCCGGUCAACCACAUCUUCUCCUGCGGCGCCGACGGAACCAUGAAGAUGAGGCUUCUUCCCAACCGCUUCGCCGCUGUGAACAACAACCACCAUCACAAGAACGAUGUCAAAUUCUUCAUAUAGAAGGAAAACAGGCGUCUGCUUUGGCUGUUGGAAGCAGCGUGCGAUCCAGCGCCGAGCAAAGUUCUCGUCGUCACGCGACGCAGAAACUCCUUUAAUGGUAAAACCGUCGUCGUGGUGAGAUUCUGUCGUCCGAUCCCGAGCAGCGACGCGAGACCACGCAGCCAAACGGUGACUUUUAUGAAAUGUGAACCCAAAUUUGUCUUCAAAGGCAACCCAAGCACAGAAGUUUUGUACAAGUGUAGCUAAAGCGAGAAUCAGCCGGACAGACGAUUAAGCCGGAGUGUUUUUGCUUCAAACCGCCAUCUUCAUGUCUAGUGAGCAGCAGAUAUUGAGCCUUUUUUGUGUUUAUUUUUUAUUUUUUGUUUUGUUUUUGCACAAGGAGAGAAGAUAAUUGUUUUCCAGGAUCACCAUCAGUAAUAUCAGCUGGAGCGUCUCUAAGCACAUCACAAACGCAGAUCCAGGUGACACAGGAGAUCAGGUAACUAAAAGGUUCACCUGGGCCCAAAACUCAUUCAGGUGUGUAGAAUAGAAAAUAAACAUAUCUUAUAUCGAACUCAGCUGUUUGUUAUAUUAGGAGUUGUUUUUAACCGCCUUCUGAUUGAGAUGUUUAAUGUAUCUGGAUACGAGUCCAGCAGUCAUGUCCGGUCGUGUCCAGCAGCCUGCAUCACGUUUAAUUAAAUUCAAAGACGAACCGGGUUUUCGGCUCCGCUGUUGCCAGGCGGUAAGCAGCAGGGUUGUAAAUUUUCACUUUCAAACAAGCUCAAGCUCGCGAGUCAUUUGUGAGUUGUAACCACGCCGGCUGGGAGUCUGGGCCGCGCUGCGUUCGCACAUCUAGAAGGAUGUGAUUUAUUUAGACCGAGGCGUCGAAGCUCUGCGAUGCGAUUAUCGCUGAGCUCCCGCUCUUUCUGUGUUUUCAUAUAAAGCUAAAUCAUACACCGUCUAAUCUGCCCAACUACAGAAGGCAGGAUGGUCCUCUGUUAUAGUGAUGAACCAUUUACCCCAACCUGAAUCUGUUGUCUUUAAGUGUCCUUAAUCUCUGCUCCUCCCAUCCCAGCAGAGCCAUUAGUAGUAAGAUUCAGCUCCGGGUGAACGAGCCGCUCACCGAUAUCAGUAUUUAUGCAAUAAUGCAGUUUCCCUUACGUUGACUCCAAAAUUGUCUGUUUGGACCAUUAAUGACACGCUUGUUUAUUGUGGUUUCUUUGUAAAUCAUUUGUCACUUUUUUUUUUUCUCUCUCCAUCAUCUAAGUGCAGCACAUGGCCUCCAGCACACACUUGAAUAUAAUCUAGGCUGAUGUGUGAUAUGUUGCAGGAACCGGUCCGAUGGUGGAUUAAAUAAUUAAGCUCACUACCCGUAGAAGCUUGUCGCGCUGCUGCAGGCGGGACCGUUGCACACGAGAAAUCCUUCAGAUGAAGCAGGUUUAAUAGUUUCAACAUUUCUAUUUCCACAAACUAAGCUUCUUUUAACCACAGCUAGUUGUAGAUAAACGGUGGAUAAUGAUAAAAGCUACUUAAUGAAGAAUAUUAUUCUGUACAGAUGAGUAUAUUUAUGAAAUAUCUUCAUGUUUUGGAGUAUAGGCAGAUUUAAUUCAUCAUUUUUUUGUUUUGUCUGCAAAUCGGGUGAGCAGGAAAAAUUCUGUGUACUUCUGCAGCAACUGGAGAGUAAAAAUCUGUUCUAUUCUAAGACCAACAAUAUGUAUUCCUACAGAAUCUGGAGAAUAAAUGAUUUUUUUAACCAAAA